GUAAGGGGAGAGGUGGGUCUCUAUGUCUCUGGUGCUGAUGGUCAAGUGUCGUUGUCCUUUGAUGUCUUCUGAGGAGGAUAUCAGAAUUGGCUUCUUUUCCAUGUAUUUCUCGUUUUCCACCUCUCUCUCUCUCCGUGCCGACUAAUGCAGCAUGUCUGUACACAGGGAGUGUUCUCCUUUCUCGUUCCCAAAUGUCUGCUAUUUUUUUUUUAACCUCGCGUCUUUGAUCUCCCCUUUCCUCCCUCAUCUCUUCUUUUCGAUUCUCGAGCACCAUAAUUCAUCCUCUUCAACAGCUCUCUUUCUCUUUCUCUCUCUCCUUGCUUUCCAACCUAAAGCAGCGUUACUCCCACCACCACCAUCUUCGCUAUUUGUGUUGGCAGAUGCCCAAUUAGAUCUCAGUUGCCCUUUUCACCAAUAGAGACUGCAGAUCGAAGAUCUGCUCAUAACUGCAGCUUGAGGGUUCAUCAAAAAAAGAAGAGGAGACCAGGAAAAAGAGAUAACUGAGGAGGGGAGGAUGCCCCAUCAAGGGGUCUUCAUGGAGACUUCUGCGGUGCCUGAUUUGUCGUUGCAUAUUAGUCCCCCAGAUAGGACUCCGGCAGCAGCUCGCGCCGGCAUCGAUCACGAUGGUGGCCUUCAGAUUUGGCGCCGAGUACUGCCGUCGAACACCGCCGACGAUUCUGCUGCCGGAAAACCCAACCGGCAGACUCAUUCGGAGCUCUCCUUGGUGAGUCCCUGCUGCACCUUUCUAGUAAAUGAUCAAGCUCGAGAAGGUGCCUUCCAGCAAACCAGCCAUCAUCAUCCUCACUACUAUCAUUACAAUGUUCAGCAUCAUGAUCUGAACGGACUGAAUAGGAAGAACCGCAUCAAUGAAGAUGCCUCUUCAAUAGACGUACCCGACCAGCUGCGGCCGAUCAAAGGGAUUCCAGUGUAUCAGAAUCGGUUGUUUCCAUUCGUUGCCGGAGAUCAGCUGGCAAUUGGCGGCAGAUGCUCUACUGAUAAGAAUAUUAAGAUGGGACUCUACCACUGGUCUCAACAAGCUGACACUAAUGCUUCCGCUCCAUCACCUUGUUCAACUUCUAAACCUUUUUUCGGAGGAGGAGGUACUGGUGGUAGUCCGGAACAGAUGACAAUUUUAAACUCCACUCCUACUUCUUCUUCACCGCCCACUGCAGCCGAGGCGGCCGCCUAUCGGUUUGCAGCCGCUGCAAGGUUCAAUGGCGGUGGAUUCACUCCAUCUGAGAUAUGGAAAUCACACCAGCAAUAUUUCGGUGGACCAAUCCAAGAUGCUUCUCAUGGUGUGAUGAGGCCAAAAUUCGUGGCGAAGCUGCCAUCUAAGAGAAGCAUGAGGGCACCAAGAAUGCGUUGGACGAGUACCCUGCAUGCUCGAUUUGUUCACGCUGUAGAACUCCUUGGAGGCCAUGAAAGGGCAACACCAAAAUCUGUUCUUGAGCUCAUGGAUGUCAAAGAUCUCACACUGGCUCAUGUGAAGAGCCAUCUGCAGAUGUAUCGAACUGUUAAGACCACUGACAAGCCUGCAGCUUCCUCAGUGCGGAUGCUUUCAGGCCAGUCAGAUGGAAUAGAUAGUGGGUCAGCCGGAGAAGACGAGCUCAUGCCCGGAAACCAGUCGGAUAACAGCCUGAACCUCCAGCGAUUUAUCGACAAACUCGGUUCCGACUUAUCUGCUCAGAAUAACAGAUUGCACCCUCAACAGGAAAUGGAUUACUCGUCCACACUCUGGACCAACUCUUCAAGCAGAGGAGCUUGGUCACAGAACCAGUCCGGGGAUGCAGAACCCACAAGUACGGUACCAACCCAUCAGGAUACAGACGUACGCAUAAGCGAGGUAAAAGAAGUUCACCUUGGGAUCAGCGAUCACCUGCAACUAAAGGACUCACCUGCACCUUUGUUAAGCCUCAAAAACCCCAGUUUGGAGUUUACUCUAGGAAGACCCGAUUGGCAAGGCAACACUUGUGGCUGAUGCACGUGUAGGUGUAGGUAAUCAGACCCUUUUAACUUAGGGUUAGCAUGGCUCUCUCAACCUCCAAACCAAACAGCAGCGUGUGCGCGAGUUUGUGUGUGUGGGUAUAUAUCUAUAUAUAUAUAUAGCACUCAUAAACUACGAAGGGCAUAAGAAAACGGGAUGAGAUUGGUGGGAUAAGAGCACCAACGUAAUUAUAUAUUCGGAGUUUCCAGGCAUCUAGUGCUGGGUAGUUCAAUGUGGAAGACAUGGAGAUGGCUCCUCAACUAUGUAACCGUUGCAAAGGAACACAAUGGUCCUUCGGAUCUUUGACAUGCAGCAAGGAGCAGCAGCGGCAGCGCUAGCUGCUACAUUUAUUUGAAUUUGUUUGAGAAGUCUGAAUUGAUGUCCUAUUACAAUGUUGAGCAAAUCUUUACAACGUUUCUUGCGUUUGUUGCUUGUGACACAUUCUUAAAUUCUUUUCAUGUACACUUCCCAUGCCUAGUUAUAUGUGCAUGACUGACCUGUUAUAUACGAUCGACGCGCUAGACGCAAUUUUCAGGA